GUAAAGCUCCAGGGGAGAAUGAAAUUGCACCAGAAAUGAUCAAAUACUUAGGAGAGAAAGGGAAAGACUGACUGUGGACAAUAUGCAAAGAUGCAUGGAAGGAGAAAAGGAUCCCACAAGAUUGGGAAAACAAUUUAAUACUACCAAUAUAUAAGAAGGGCGAGGAAACUCUUUGUCACUGACAUGCGGAAACAAUUAAAAAAUUUAUUUUUAUUAAUUUCUUAAAUUUCCAAAAUGUAUAUGAUAUAAACCUACUUCUUCUCUUCUUCCAUUGAUUGCAUACACCCAAUGAAGGCGAUUACGUCUCUGUUUUUUUUACGGCGAUCAAUUAACCAUAAAGCCAAAAUUUUUGCCCGAUUUAUUCUACGCCCUGUGCUCUCUACGAAAAUAAGAUGAAUACUGUCGUAAAGUGUGAAAGUCCGAUGAGCACGACUGUCGUGACGACCAAAGUCGUAAAGUAUGAAAUAGGCCUUAGGCUCAAAACUUCUUGCCAUCAUAUUAUUCCAACAUUUUUCAAAGUCAUCUCUCUCUUUUUGUUAAUAACAUCUUUAAAUUCGCUAAUUUUUUUACACAGAAACCAAUCUCGUUUAUCUUGCAUUGCAAAGUUAAAAAACUCCAAAAAUCCUCUCGAGCUAUUUAUGGUUUCUGUAUCCCAGUUUUCACAUUUUCACCAUUCUCCAAAACACUAAUACAUAUAUUCAUAUAAAUAUUUUAGUAUUUAUAAUAUAAAUAAUUAUAUUCUUCUUUUUCUUCUUUUGCCCUUUAAUUCGUCCAAUUCUGAACAUAGGCUUCCCCCAGUUUCCUCCAUUCGCUUCUGUUUAGUGCUUUCUGUUUCCAGUGCGUUCCUCCUAUCUUUUUAAUGUGGGACUCCGGAUUUCUCCUACCCACCUGGGGUCCAUUUCCGCUUUGUUGUAAGUUCGACAUUGCUAGUUUAAAGGAAAAUAGCCAUAAAACACCACGCUGGCCAGGCGGGUUGGUGAGUUGUAGGGAUCACAUUUCCUUGACUCCCUGUAACUGUUGUAUGGUUAUCCCGCUCAUACUCGGUCGCCAGAGCCUCGUCUGUUAUGUAGCAGGAGGCACCAGGUAAUUUUAGACUACCACUCGUGCAGGUGAGGUUGACUUUUGGAUCGAUUGAUGUAUUGUUGUUAAGUCCGAUCCCUUACCUCCCCGUAUUAAUAAUUCUAUUAUAUUUAUUUAUAUAAAUAAUUAAAUAAAAUCAAUCUUCAUAAUUCCACAAAAUCAGUCGACGAAGCCCGUCAUUGUCAAAUGCUGGUAAAUCCCAUUUAAAUUCACGAAAACAGCUCAUUGUAUGCAGUUGACAAAAUUGCUUAUAAGCGAAGAUAUGCCCGAAAUUUGAACUCGUCACUCUGCGUGUAACCCCGGUGAUUUUUACAUAGGCUGAGGAGAAGCAAAUUUGAAAUCAGAUUAUCUGCCGAUAUGACUCCGAAUAGCAACGUAGAAAUACGAUCAUGGCCUAUGGGUCCGCGUACGGAACGAAAGCUAAUAGAAAUGCAGCAUGCAGCGCUGCUUUUAGAGUAUUUCAUUGCUUUGUUAUUUACUGUAUGACAAAAAUAGAGUAAAAUACGUUUGUCUUUUCUUAUUACUUACUGCUUGUAUUACAUAAUUAAAUAUUCUCAUAUGCAACUUAAAAUCCUGCUUCUGCUUAUGUGUUUGUUCAAUUUUUUUUUUAAAUAAUCUCAGUUACCUACUCAGUUGGUACGGUAUUACCUAGGGAAAUUAAGGGAAGCAAUUCUUCCCUUGCUUCCAUGGACCGCACGCCCCUGAAUAUAUUAAUUUGUUAUUUAUAGUAUCAUGAUUCUUACUUUUAUACCGAGAGAAAGGCUGUGGCUCUUAAAGAUGGCCCCCGCCUUCAUCCGGUUGAAGGUGGAUCUAGAUUUUCCGAUGUCAGCUCUUAUCUUUUGUUUGUCCAUUCUUCAUUUAUUAUGGUACCGGGGUAGUUGUAGUGCUCUUUCUACAAGGGUUUGGUUGAAGUAGAGUUGACAUAAGGUUUGUUCCAACUCGUCACAAUCACCGUUCUUGAACGGUAUUUAUAACGGGUUGGAACAAACCUCUGUGUUAUCUUUUAGGUUUAUGGUUUAUAUUGAGUACAUAUUGUGGACUGUAGAUACUAUUGUGUCAUCUGCAUAUCUGAUAUUGUUUAGUCGGUAUGCGUUUCGUAGAAUACCUUUUUCAAUUUCGUGAAAAGCUUCGAUAAAUAUUCUUUCAGAAUAGAGUUCGAAGAUUGGAGGAGACAAAAUACAGCCUUGCCUCACUCCAUGCGUGAUUUUCACAUAUUCGGUGUGUUACAUCUAGUCUGGAAUUUGCAGUCUGAUUCCAGUAAAGGUUUCCAAGGAAUGUUUUUGAACAAAGUAGGUAUGUAGAUACCUGUUAUGAUAAAUUUUUAAUAUCGUAGUUGAUUUUUUAACUUCUUGUGUAUCAAGAACAACAAAACGUAUCACACAUGUUUAUAGGAACUUUUAGUCUUAAAGCUGAAUCUUCCUCAACAAUAUUUCACAUUUGGAAACACCCUCUAUUUUAUAACAAUGGUGCCCUCAAAUCAAAGUCGGUCCUGGACGACAGCUUGGAAAGCCUGUCCUCUGCUGUGUUGAGACCAGCGCCUACUUGCGCACUUUCUUCGAAACAAUGUUAAUAUGGCGGAAUAUAUUAAUAACAUGUCAAGUAGUCGGCGUUUUAUGUAAAAGUUGAAAUUUCUAUCAAAAUAAACAAAUUUCGACUACUAUUAGCCUUUUAGUUUAGUGUUUAAUUAAAAAAUUAGUUUAAUAAAAUGGAGGAGAGCGAAAAAACGGAAGAAUCGUGCCGAUUGUGCGACGAAACAGCAGAGAAAAUGUUAAGCAUCUUCGAUAAAAAUGAAGAAGGCAUUGAAAUUCUUCAAGUGAUAAAAGAUUGCCUGCCCAUCGUCAUUUAUAGAACUGAUCCAUUAUCAAAGCAAAUAUGUGAAAGUUGCUCUGAGACCCUUAAUUCCCUGAGCAGUUUUAAGAAAAACUGCGAGGAAAUUUCGCAGAAGCAAAAGGAAAAACUUAAAGAAGACCCAGAUAAUAAAUAUGAGGAGUUUUUGACAUGUGGAGAAGAAAAGGUAAAGGAGCAAAAGGAAAAACUUAAAGAAGACCCAGCUAAUAAAUAUGAUCCACUUUUGACAUGUAAAGAAGAAAAGCCAGAAAAACCCAUCCCCUUUCGGGAGGAGGGGGAGAAACCCAUCCCCUUUCAGGAGGAGGAAUCUUCAGAGCUUAAGGAUAGAAGCACUUCCACAGAUGAUCUUAAUAUAUUUUGCAACAAUUGUAAGCAAACGAUCUUGGAGAGUAAUACAAUUAAUGGGGAACUAGAGUUGGCCAUAGCUGAAUCAAUGGCCAAAAACAAAGUGAAGACUGAGAAUCCUGAGAAGUCACUUAGAAGAAGAAAGGUAGUUCCUUUUUAUCAUGAAUUAGAUGACUCUUUGUGUAGCAGUUUGACUGAGUUUACACAUAACACUGAAGGUUCACAAAUGUAUGAAGAAGAGAACAGUGAUCUUGAUGGUUCUGAUGAUUCUCUUGAAGAACUCAGGCCAAGAAAACGAAGGAGGAUAAUAGAAUCAGACGAAGAAAGUGAUAAUGCAGAAAAAAAUGAAAGAUCUAAUGGAAUUAGAAUUAGAGGUUUUGAGCGUGAGGAAAAGCCAGUCAUGCCGGAGGAACCAGAAGAAGAAGAGAUGGACGAAAGUACUUUAAUUGAUAAAUAUAUGGAAGAAGAAGAACAUAGGUACUAUCCAAUGUCCUUGCUAAGACUUGCCUUAGAUGUAAUCAAUAAAACCAAUGUUCCCGACUAUGAACCAUAUGACUUCUAUCGAGAGACAAUAGUACCACAGUGCAAACAUUGUCAUCAGCAAUUCCGCAACUGCAAAGUGCUCUCCAUUCAUGAGCAGAAACACAUUGACAUUGAGGUAGGCGAAAAGAUAGACAACCCUAUUCCAUGGCCAGAAUCUAGAGAAGACGCAGAAGUAAGAAACAAGUGGUUGAAUUACUUUGAUGAAAAUGGCUAUGAAGAAGAUGAUAUAGUUAUGGAUGUAAUGGACAGUGACCUGCUGAUUCCUAUUGAAGAAAAAAAUCGAGAUUCCAGUGGUAUGAAACUGACUGGAGAUGAGAAGAUUACUCUAGUCGGUACUCAGCCCAUGGUCAAUGAGGUCUAUUUAGGAGAUUUUUCUAAAGAUGAUAGGAAAUUGCUGUACCAAUCAAUGAGAAUUCAAGGAGUGAAUAAAAAAUUCUGCCCUCUUUGCAGGUACACCUUCAAAGACAACUGGGCAAUAGAGAGCCACUACUUUUCUUUAGCCUGCUAUUAUACGUGUCGCUAUUGCGGUAUGCGCUUCAAUAAACAAAGGCAUAAAUUCAAGGAACAUUGUGAAGAACAUGAAACCAAAAAAGACGAGAUUUCAGAAAAAAUAUUUGCUGCUAGUAAACUAAGUAACAUUAUACCUAAGGUAAUCCAUCCUCCAAAACCAAGAAGGAUAGUAGUCACCCAACAUAAUCCACCUCCAGAAAUGAUAGCGGCCAAUAAUCAAUUCUUUAGUGGACCUAAUCAACAUCCAAAUAAUUUCAGUCCUUACCUACAAGGUGCUGCUCAGCCUAAAAGAAGCUUUAUGGAACGAAAAACUCUACAACCCAAUUUACAAAUCAAAGAGGAACCGCAGGAUAAUAUGAAGGAGUUCCAAACCUCACAGUCAAAGACCGGCAACCAGGCGUACUUUUGUCGUAAAUGCUACAAGGUAUUUUUCAAAUUGGACGAAUUUAACGUCCAUAGCAAGAAUUGUGAUUUUAGCCAGUUUCCUGCUGCGCGAAAUGCUACUGGUACUCCUCCUGCUAAGAACUUUCCAGCUAAGAAUGGUGAUGUUUCGCCUGCCGGUCGACCUGUUAGGAAUUGUGCCAAGGAAAUUGGUCCAUAUAAGGAUGACGUAUAUCUACCAGAUCAUAUCCUAAAAGAUCCCAAACCUUCAUCACAACAGCAAACAUUCGUUUGCUUUAUCUGCAACACUCCCUUUCCUACGAUUUACUCCCGUAAUAGUCACAUGCGUAUCCAUAAAGGAGAGACGCAAGCUCCUCCUUAUCCACCACCUAAUCGCCCUCGUUUCCCCCCUCCCCCUAAUCAUCAAAUGGGUCAAAUAAAUUACCGCCCGCCUAUGCAACAGUUUCCUCCACCGCCUAUGGACACUGUUAUCAAACAAGAACCAAUGGAUCCUUCGACGAUGGAACCCAUGGUUGAGAUUCAUGAACAAGCCGGUGGAGUGGAUCAAAACUUUCCAGAUUAUUCUUCUUUUUCAGAUACGUUGGGAGAUGGCGCAGUCAGUAUUACACCUAUUAGCAAGAAACCCGCCCAGAGACCGCCACAGAUAAACCCUAAUGUUAUGAAAAUUGUUCAAAACAAUCCGCAGCUUUCGAUUAAAAAGUCGGAUAAAUUGCAGCCGAUGCCUCCGAUGGCUGCUGGUACCAGCCAGUUUCAACAAAUGGGCGGAGUUAACCUACCCGACCCUGAUAGGUCAUACAAAUGUUCAUCCUGUUGGGAAGCCUUCGCUAACAAGUCACACCUAUAUUUCCAUAAGAAAAACCAAUGUGAAGGAUCACGGUUACCGUGUCCAUUUUGUAAAAAACGCUUCGGAACAGAAGCAGAGUAUAGUUCACAUAUAUAUUAUAGUCACCCCGAAUAAUGUUAAGUUUUAGUCCCUUGUCCACGAAGUUAAAACAAGGGUUUCUAGUAUUUUUCUGAUGUGUGGUUGCUGUCGUAUUAUAUAUAAAAAUUAACGGCUUGGCAAUUUUUUUUCUUUUUUUUUUUCGUAUAAAAGGGUAAUUUCUGGUCGUUUAAUGUUCCUAAUCUGCUUGAUCAGAAAAAAGUUAGGAAUUUAAAAAGUAGACAGUUGCAUCGCAACCUCAUACCAGAAAAAUGUGUGAAAUCGUUAGAGAAACCAAUUAUUUAUAACUGCCUGAAAAACGUAUCAUAGAACGUUUGAACACUGCCAAAACCUAUAUUAAUAUAAUUAAUUAAGAUAAGGGGCGGUAAGUAUGAAACAAAUUUAAGUUUAUUUUACAAUUAGUGCUGGCAUUAUGUGAAAAAAUAUUUGAAUUUUGUCAAAUGAAAUGUUACGCACUUUCUCCAACGAAAUAGGGCAAGAGCAUACAUAGUCUGCAUCAUGCUGUUGCUUUGUAUUAAUCUUAAAUGCCGACCAUAGAACCAAAGAACAUAUUACCAGUUCUUUAUAUAAAAUAAAUAUAGUUUUAAAAUAAACCUUCAGAUAAAACUAACGAACUAUUUUAGAGAGUUGUCGGAUACUUGAUGGAAAAUCAUGUUCAACAAUAAACCAAAACAAUUUUUUAAUUUCCACAGAAUACAACAAUCUGCAACUUUCUCCGUGUGGCUUUAUCCAUUUUUAAACCUUCUCGUCUGACCUAUGUAUUAGGGUGGUUCGAAAAAAACUUUUUUUUUUUAUUUCAGAUCGCUAUAGUGCGCAAAAGUUGCCAUUGGUAUUAGUGAUGUAACGAAUAUUCGUAUUCGCAUUCGCGAAUAUUCGCAUGUUUUAGCAUAUUCGCAUCCGCAUUCGCGAAAUUUGUGCGAAUGUUUUGCGAAUAUGAAAACCAGAAAACAAAAUAAUUUUAAGAUAAUAUUAGGUUAAUAAAAUCAAAAUCUAUUCAUUUCUCAUCUUUUUUUAUGAAGAAAAGGUAACUUAACCUCAAACAUGCAGCUACUCUCAAAUGGAAAUAUGCAGGACACAACAGCAGACAAAGAGACGGAAGAUGGAAUGAAACGAUAACUCACUGGAGACCUUGGAACUAAAAAAGAGGAAGGGCAGACCACAGACGAGAUGGUCGAAUGACCUAAAGAGAUAUGCAGGGACCAGAUCGACAGCAUUAGCACUGAACUGAGAAGAUAGAACUUAAUAUAAGAUAUAUUAAUAUUAUCCUCGACAGCGUAAGGUACAAGAGGACGGCUUAAGUAAGUAAGUAAGUAUUAAUAUUAUAUGAUAAUGUAUAAUCUAAAAUAAGGGGGAGGCCUACGUCCAACUUUGGACAAAUGAAGGGCAAUAGAUAGAUAGAACUUAACCUUGUAUAAUCACAUUAUCAGCCUUCACUUUUUUUAUUAUUUGGUAUUAUGUAAUAAAGCUUAAGAUUCAGAAUAAUUUACACUAAAUAUCAAUUAACUUUUCAUUAAAAAUUUAGGAAACAUUACAAAAAUAAAAACAAAUUAUUAAAACAAACUGGACAUUCGCAUCCGCAUUCGCGAAUGCCAGUAGAAGAUAUUCGUAUUCGUAUUCGCGAAUGUUAAAAAAAUGACAUUCAUUACAUCACUAAUUGGUAUAGACUUGAAAAAUGCACUAAUUAUUAUUUUUUUAUUAAUUUGUCUUCCGGUCGCACAAUGCCAUCGAAGUUAGCAAAAAUUGUGAAAAACCUUAAUUUUUCAUAUUUUUUUUUAAACAGGCCAGAUGGUUUUAAUUGCGUUCCUAUACCAUGAAUUAACUACUAAAAGUAUGUAAAAUCAAUAUAAGUGCACUUAUUAUACAUUUGUUUCAUAUCUUCCGGUCGCGCAACAUAAUACAAAAUGAGUAAAAUUAGUAGUUUUUGCAAAAUUGCAAAGUUUGACUGUUUGAUACAAUUUAAUCAUACGACUUUUAGAGAUGCUUUAGUUUAAUUCAAUUAUAAUAACAUAUUUAAAAUCCAAGCAUAUAAGAUAAAUUUUGAUAUUGAAGUGGAAUUCGGUCGUGCAGCUUCGUCAAAAAACAGCAGACUACCGAGAGGCGAAGCGAAAGUGACAAAUGCCAGCGAAGCGCGCUCAGUCACAAAUAAAGAUACAUGUGGGAAUACCUCUACAAUGGAGUAUUUGUCUUCUCCAUUACAACGAGCUGCCAUUCCACCAAUUUUUUCAACACUUAGAUGAAAAUACAACAGGACCAAUAGGAUAUUCCGGAUCAAUUGGAAAGGCCCUACCUGAUACCCCUUAUUGAUUUUAAUCCUAUUCAUUGUGAGAUUCCAAAAGUUGACGAACGUAUUCUUAGCAAUCACCAAUAAUUGUGCUUCCUUGAGAUAUCAGAAGUCAACAAGUCAGAACAUUGUUCAGAAGACUUUGUAGUGGGUACGUGAUCCUAGCCCAACGUCACAUUCAAGAUGGCUUACUACUGCAAACUGAGUUUUGCGUUUCUACAUCAGUGUGUCCAAACCUUCUGAAAAUCUGAGAGAGAUUGUCACAUUCAUUCUCAAAUGUUAUAAUAUGCCUAUGUGCUUUGCCACAAAAAUAAACCACAAAUCCACAGAUGGGACUAGACAUGAUUACAAAAUCAUUGAAUCUUCAAGGUACUUACCAGAAGAGCUUCUUCAAGUUGUUGAUCCCAUUUUACAACGGAAUGCUUACUUUGCCCAUCCCGAAAAUUUACUUUUGGCUAUGGUAACUGAUGAAAGAAACCAUAUCCGAGAGGUGGGCUUUAGGCAUAACAUGAAGGAAAAGCAAGCAACAUCUGAAAGUGACUCUUAUCAGAAUCUUUAAACCACCAAACUUAAACUGUGAAGCUAAAUAGUAUUACGAAAUUAUCAAAUGGAACACCAGUACACUGACUCCUCUCCACUGAUAAGAACAGUGACUAAUGAAGAGAUAAAACAGUAUGUGAGCAAUGACUUCAAGCCUGUUAUGAGUAUAGAUACUUUCCCAUGCCAUACACAGGCAGUUGAAAGAUGCGUUAAGCUAGUGACUGAAGCUUCAAGUGAAGUGUGUGGACACAGUUCCAGAGACGGCUAUAUUAGAACCACAUUAUGGCACCGCUCAGCGAUGCUCAACUUUGACAUUGGGCCAGGAUCACGUACUACAAAGUCUUCUGAACAAUGUCCUAACUCGACGACUUCUGAUAUCUCAAGCAAGUACAAUCGGUCCUUGCUAUGAAUACGCUUUUCAACUUUUUGAAUCUCACAAUCGAUAAGAUUAAAAUCAACAACAACUGGGUAGUCUUUCACAAUCAGGUAGGGCCUUUCCAAUCGGUCCGUAUAUCCUAUUGUGCCUGUUGUAUUUCCAUAUAAGUGUUGGAAAAGGUGGCAGAAUGGCAGUUCGUUGUAAUGGAGAAGACAAAUACUCCAUUGUAGAGGUAUUCCCACAUGUAUCUCUAUUUGUGGCUGCGCGCGCUUCGCUGGCAUUCGUCACUUUCUCUUAGCCUCUCGGUAGUCUGCUAUUUUUGACGAAGCUGCACGACCGAAUUCCACUUGAAUAUCAAAAUUUAUCUUAUAUGCUUGGAUUGUAAAUAUAUUAUUGUAAUUGAAUUAAACUAUAGCGUCUCUAAAAGUCGUAUAAUUAAAUUGUACUAAACAGUCGAACUUUGAAAUUUUGCAAAAACUACUAAUUUUACUCACUUUGUAUUAUGUUGCGCGACCGAAAGAUAGGCAACCAAUGUAUAAUAAGUGCAUUUAUAUUGAUUUUACAUACUUUUAGUAGUUAAUUUAUGGUAUAGGAACGCAAUUAAAACCAUCUGGCCUGUUAAAAAAAAUAUGAAAAAUUAAGGUUUUUCACAAUUUUUGCUAACUUCGAUGGCAUUGCGCGACCGGAAGACAAAUUAAUAAAAAAAUAAUUAGUGCUUUUUUCAAGUCUAUACCAAUGGCAACUUUUGCGCACUAUAGCGAUCCGAAAUAAAAAAAAAGUUUUUUUCGAACCACCCUACUAUGUAUACCUUUGGCAUGUAUCACAAGUGAUCUUAUACACUCCUUCGGGAUUUCCUUCUCGUUUUUGAAAGAUACACAUUUAUUAUUUGCAGGAUUUACUUACAAAUGUAAUAUGUAAUGUCUAAUUUAAAUUUAUUCUGUCCUUUUUUAUGGGGUUAAAUCGUGGACCUUCAAUGAUGAUAUGUGCAUUUGAGAUGUAGGUAUAGGGGAAAAUAUUUAAAAUCCCAUGGACUGACCGCUGGGUUGGAAGAAAACAAUUGUCCUGGCUGCGUAAUAUUAGACAAUGGACAGGUCGAACGGUCGACAACGCUUGAAAACAAGCACGGCACACAAAGAAAGAAGAAGAAGGACUGACCAAGUCAAAAACCUGACCAAGUCAAGGUCCUCAGAAAAAUGAAGAGGAACCGGGAGGUAGUGACCACCAUCAAAUCUCGAAAGUUGCAAUACUUCGGACACAAGAACAUCCUAGUUAAAGAACCUCAGAACCUGGUUCAACACAACAUAUGUGCAGCGUUUAGGCCCGGCGCAAAUUGAACCUAAGCGAGACACAACCUGCACCGGCUAACUGCGUAGACAGUUCUGCGCAUCCUACUAUCAGUGCAUUCGUUCGCAGGUCUCGCUUGGGAACGUUUGUUAUCGGCGUACAGUUUUCUUGGGCCGUAGGACGCGUGACUCACCGUCAGAUGUUUAUUUUUACGUGUUUUUGUUUGCGAGAUGGAAGUAUCUGAAAUUAAUACGGAUGGUACCUAAGUACAAUUUAUUAUGAUAAAUAAAAGUAUUAGCUUAGUCAACACCCCAUAAAAGUAUUAGCUUUGUAAUUAAAUUCUAAUAACUUUUGGUAGACUAAAUAAGCGGCGAUACGAAAUUAAUAAUCAAAGUUGUGCCUUUACAAAAUCACAUUAUUAGAAAAAUAAGGUGAAAAAUGAUUCAUGUUACUUAAAACCGUGAUCGAUAAAAAUAUCGUAUUACCCUCAAAUUCAACUUGUCGGCAUAUUACAUUUUUAUUUAUUACGAAUUAAAAACGAAAUAUGCAGAUAGUGUUAUUUUUUAUGACCGAUCAGUAGCGAAGGGAUUAUGAAUUAUGACUUGCAGUAAUUGUAAAUGAUUGCGAUCCUGCAGUAAUUGUAAAUGGUUGUGAUCCGAGCAGUAAAUUGAGGAAUAUGAGUUAUGACCGAGCAGUAGGGGAGAGAUUAUUUUAGAUAUGUAGGUAUUAUGUGCAGAAAUAAAAUACUCAGUGUAAGAUAUCUUUUUAUGCACCAGCUUAUGAUUAAAUUCGAUGUUUUCGAAAAUCAUACCGCUACGACUACUAGGGACGUGUAAGAUAUUUUUAAAACGUUACUAGUUACAAGUACGGAAAUACCGAUUUUAAGUUGCCUACUCCAUUCAGUACAAGGAUCAGACACAUCAGUAUUUUGUAAUCAGUAUUUGUACUCAAUACCACUUAGAACCGGUAUCAAAAGUAACCGCUACAUAUCCGCACUGAUUCUGCCCGUCUCUAUUCGCCACGUCGAUGGCCAACGGUUAGGUUGGCUUGUGUUCAAUAUGCGGUGCGCUAGAAAAAUAAAUGCACGGGUCACCCGUCCCGCCGGCGCAGGUUGUGUCUCGCUUAGGUUCAAUUUGCGCCGGGCCUUAGUAGCGUUUGGUGCAGCGACGUGGUAUGCGUAGCAUACCACUCGCUAUCCACUCCACUUGUCAUAUGAAACAUUUAAAUAAUAUUUGAUACGUUACUUAUGUUUGGAGAUUGUUUAGUAGUGGGAAAGUCACGUGGUCGAUAAACCCCACCGAUUAGAAAGGUAUGCAAGGACUGCUCACUCACGUCUUUUUUCUGUGGCACUGGGGGAACAGUUUUAGAUUGCAUUUAUGUCUGUGUAUGAAAUGGAGCAGGUUCUAUUAAUUGCUUUUUAUUGCUAACCUAACCAAACCAAUUUCCUUUAAGUCAAAUGGAUGUGUACGGACAUUAAAAACAUAAUUAUCGGUUUAAAUCCAUUGCUUUAAUAAAAAUUAUGAAAUGCUAGUAUUCCGCAUUCAAUAUGAUAUAAACAAAUGUUUACACAUAUGUUUAAAGAAACACACCAAGAUAUAAUGAUCAUGGGAAUGGUGCAUAAUACUGUGUAUUGUGUAAUACCAAAAUUAACAAAUAUAUGUGUAAAAAUGUACGCGAUAUUUAGUGAAAUAUAAAUAAAUUACAACUUGACGACUAGCCAAAAAAAUCUGUUGCGUUUUCCACAGAUUUUACAAUAAGUAAACUUGCACAGAACCUUGGGAAACUGAAAACAAUACAUACACGUGCUCCGAAGUAGCACUUCUAUAUAUCCCCUUACCUUAAAAAAUCUAGAAAUUAUGUGCGGUAACACAGAUGUUAAAAGAAAUUUCCGAUUUUACUUUGUUAAAAAAAUAGCAAAGUAAAAUCAACGAGAGAAUUGAAAAACGUCAACUUUUUGACAGAUAACCAGAGCCGGACGUUAGAAUCUUAUUUAUGUAUUAUCGUAUUUAUUUAAUUUAUUAAUCAAAAGCACAAUGUUAACAUUAUGUCACAGCUCUAACCAAAGCACUUAGAGACCAAUUUUUUAAUUUAUUUUGAAACUAGAUGUAUUGUUUAGUCUCGCGUAGAUUUCUGUAAAGUUAGAGUGAAAGAAACGUUUAUUUUAAAUUUUUUUAAAACACUUACAAAAAAACCCAAGAAAGUUUAGAUUUUAUUUUUUAUUUUACUUGUUUUUGUACAUUUUUCAAUAAAACUUUACACGGGACUUGAUAUUAUCUAUCUACAACUACUGUAAAAAUAUGGACCUUCUAUCAUCUAACUCUAAGUUCUAUGACUUUCUAUUACUCAAAUUGCAUUUUUGAGGUUUUAUCAAAGUAGCAUCACCGCUAGAUUAAAUUUUCGGACUUUGGCUGUCCUUAAACCCAAACAAAAUUAUUAUGAUUGAAUAGAUAUCUUCAAUACAUUUCAAACGUGAUAUCACUUGCCAUAAGAUCCCAUUAAAAGUAUCAGUCACAGUGGCUCUGUAAUGUCAUCUAUGACUAUUACGUCACCUGUGACGACAAAGUGACACAAUUUAUAUUUAAAGUUAGAUCAUUAAAAAGUAUAGAUCUGUUAACCAGAAAAUAUUAUAUUCUAUACUGCAAAGCCACUUUUAAUAAACAAUAUUUCGUAAAUUUUUCGUUAUUUUAUCUGUAUAGUGUCACAACUCAAAAAAAAUAUUUUUAGCAGAACUAAUACACUAUUUUGUAGAGCUUCAAAAAGCUUUGUAACUGACUAAAAUAGUUAUUAUACUAAUUUUAACAGUUUUUGACUUAAACCCGGAAAAGUUCUAGCACAAAUUUUAACGUCGUUUUCUCGAUACUUUGGUUUUUUGACUUAUCACACUGUUUGAGCGGAGGUGCGAUGUGUUCAUUGAGCAUAUAAAGAAUUAGCGAAGAACAUUGUGAUUUUGGAUAAAUUUUUACUUAAUAUUUAUUUGAAAUAUGUAUAUAAAGAUUUUGAGCAGUGACCAAACGGUCAUGAUAAUCCCAAUUAAUUGGCAUCAUCUACAACAACAUUUACAACGUUAACAUUCAAUUAAUUUAAUUAUUUUUUAUUUAAAUUCCAAAAUUGUGUGUUUGAUAUUAUAAGAGUAUUUAUAAGAUAGAUUGUCGCAUCGAAUCUCGGGUGUAUAUCAUACGUCUGGAAAUUUAAUGAAGCCUUUUAAUAUUCACAGAUAAGACAAGUUUCGGUGGGUACCUAAAUGCGAUCCUAGCUAAUUCAAAAAAUACUGAAAAUCAAAGCUUUAUUUUGUCUUUUUUAACCCUUUGCAGUUGCUGUCAUGAUAUACAUGACGCCAUUAUAACUCUUAUAAAUUUACUUAAAUUUAAACAAUUUUGCACACAGGUAUCCUGGCAUGUCAGACAUGAAAAUCGUAAAACACGGAUUUAGUCGUUGACAUCUCUAGCAUGCCGUAAAUUUGAAUUCUUAUAAUUCGUUAACCAUUCAAUAGAUACAAAUUUUAACGUGAUGUUUGAAUUAUUUAAUAGAUUUCGGUUGAGAAUCACACAUUUUUAGAGAAGUGAUUAUGUGGAGUUCUGUUGAUUUUAUAAAGAAUAUAUACACUAGUCUAUAAUAAAGUCAAGUUUGCGUUCAAAAUAAGCUAAUAAAAUUUAAGAAUAAAUUGUAUAAAAACAUGAACUUUAUUUGAACCAAAUGAGAGUUUAAUUAACACAUCAUUCCAGUUUAAAUUCUACUCUAGCUUGUUUAACAUGUUUUGUUCAGUUUUACCAAAUACGAAUACAUACUUUAGAAUAAAUAUAAAAAAGAGCUGUUUUACAUAAUGUUUUUAAUAAUCUUUAAUCUUUAUAUCUAUCUUUAAUAAUCUUUGUUUUUAAACCAAGAGGAGUCAAAACUAAAAAGACAGAUUCAAACCUAAGAAAGUCACUAAAAAUGUCACCACUUACAUCUUCUUUUUUUGUUGAUCAUAUCGGCCUUCGACGGUAAUCGAUAAAUAUUAUAUUAUACUAAUAUAUCGCUAAAGAGUUCUAAAAACAACUGUUUUUUUUUAUAUAAAAACAGACUAAAAAUCUAAAAAUUAAAGGAAUACCGCAGAAAAUACAAAAAAGCUGAUAUAACUUGAUUAACCUAUGAAAUUCCAAUAGUGUCAAAAUUGUAUAAAUGUCAUUAGUGCCAAAAUUUGAUAACAGUGGAGUAAAGUUGCCUGAGGUUGGACCAAUUACAAAAAAUUUGAAUUACUCUUCUUGGUUUAAAAACAGACUAUAGAAAUAUUAGAUUGAUUAAACGGCAACGAUGACCUCAGUGCACUUUCAUCUGUCAGACAAUCAGGCCUAUUCUGUAACUACAAAUCGAAGUGAGUAAAAUUGAAUAGAGGUCAGCAAGUCGGAUCGAAAUUUGUAGGAAUUGGUAUUCUGUAACUCAUCUCGACUUCUACUAUGCGAACGUUGAGUAGAGAUUGAUUUCGACUAGACAAGCUCUGUCGAGAUCACAUUUCGACUUCGUAAUUGGUCUUGACGCUUGCGCAUUGGCAUUAUUAUUGUUGUUUUGACGUUUAUUUGUUAAAUUAAUUAACGAUUUUAGUCUGUGUUGUUAUUUAUUUAGAAAAUUGUAUAUUUAAUUUUAUAUACUAGUAAUUAUGCUCAUCAACGUUAUUAGAAAUCAGUAAACAUUUUAAAAAUUGCUACUCUAAUUAAUUUACUAGUAGAAUGUGUAGAUUUGAACGUAUCUACUGUGUUUCAAACGAAAAACCAAAAUUUUUCUUUGUAAAAAACUUACUUUUACCGUGCUAUUUUAUGUUUAGAGAUAAAGUCGACUAUGUAAUUUAAAUGCUCAGCAGAUGGUUUUUCUUUGGUGUUUGUGUUCCCCAUCGGUGUUCCGCUUGACAUUUUUUUAUUCUUAUGAAGAAUUUGUCAACCUUAACCAAAACAAACCAAAAUUUCUUCGCACAGAACACUUACUUCGUUCUGCAGUGCGGUGUUGCCACUUCCUCCUGAGCGCGUCAAAUAGAAGUUUGCGUUUUCAGUGUACACUGAUUACGAUGUGAGUUACAGAAUGGCAAUCCAAAACACGAAAACGACGCGAUAGAUAUUCAACAUUCCGAUUUCGGGUAAUUUUGAUUCGACUUUUUCAUUUCUAUUCCAUUUGUUAAAAGUUACAGAAUGGAGUUGAAUUACACGUAGUUCAGUAGGCAUGUUACAUGCCAACGACUUGUAUGACACUUUACUCGUCAUCGCGUUCGACCUGCAAAGGAUUAAAGAAAGAAAAGAACAAUAUAUUUAAUAAACGCAUUCUUCUCAAUAUGUUUAUAUACAAAAACAUUUUUAUUAAAAUGCUACUUGUUUAAUAUGAUUAAUUUCAGUAUCUUCCAUUUUAUGAUAUUAAUGUUUUUUGUUUUUAAAACUUUGAUCUUUUCUCAGAUUGGAAAGAUAAUAUUAAUUUUGCAAACUAAUAUAAAUCACCAGCAGUAUUAUGGGUUUAGAUCGUCACACAGUGGUCCAAAAACCCGAAAAAAUGGCCAAAAUAUGAAAGCGUUUUUUGAUUUGCAUGAAAUUAGGCAUCCAGGGGUUUUUGAGUUCGCUAAUUACGAAUCUGAAGUCUAAACUGCAAAAAACAAAAUGGCGGAUUUGUGUAUUUUAAAUAUAUUUAAUACCGUCGAAAUUUGAUAUCCGGGGGUUUUUGAGGUUGCUGAUUACGAAUCUGAAAUCGAAAUUUCAAAAGACAAAAUGGCGGAUGCAAUCCGUUAAUUUUUUAUUCCAACGAUAAAUUUUAAUUUUUAAUCAUAUGAAAGUCAAAACUAAUGUUUACUUUAUUUUUCAACAAUACUGUACCUGGCCCUUUUAUCUACGAUUUUACACUACGAUACUGAAAAAACUAAAGAUCUACAGUCAUAACAACUACCUGAAUGUCGCAGCAUGAUCUGUUUAUUCUGCGUUGUUAACGAUUCAUAUUGAAACUCAUAGGCUAUCAUUUGGCUAUCUGAAAAUUUAAUUUUUUCAAAAUGUAUACUUUUUUAUUACCUAACUUCAACUUAAAAUCUACUAAAUAUAACACAUACAAAUAUUUGGAUAUUAUCGGCUUUUAUUAAAAAUGGCUCCGCGAAUAACCUCCAUUUUGCAGAAUUGAAUUUGCGCACUUCGUUUUCGAGAUACACGCACAAGACUGUGUGUAUAAAAUAUUCGUUAUUCUUAACUGCGGGUAUGUUCCGUACGAAGGUCAACUUUGAACUGAACUGGAAAUUCGGAUAUAGGAGAUAUAGCUCUAGAGUUGUCAAAACUGAAUAGGGAAUUUAAUUCUCUUUUAGAAAAUGUAAUUAUAUUCCCGAAACGUCGAUUUUUUUUUACUUUUGGCCAGCUUUUCGGGAUUUUGGACCAUUGUGCUUAGUGAGAUAGGAUAGUUAUACCCUACUGUUGAUUACUGAUAACUCAUCGUUGCUCUAUCGUCGAGCAACCAUGAGUAACUUACUCGUCAAUAGUAAUACUUGCUCAGUACGAAAGAAACCGCAGGUUCGGACAUUUGGUUGACGCCGUUACUCGAGCGAGUAAUGGUGCGAAUCUGUGGGAUUAUGCCUGAACGUCUCUAAGGCAAAGGUGGCAACCAUAGUUGCGUUCGCGGGUACCUGAAAUUGUCAGAAAAUUGGAUAAAUUGUCAGAACACGCAUGCGCACUUUAAAAUAAUAUAAAUAAUAUCGUUAAUAGAUAAAUAUACGCGGUAUAUUUACCUAGUAUAAUUUAAUAAUUAGUUUAAUUUUUAAUUAAAAGUAAAUAUACCUUGUAUAUGUAUCUAUUAACGGUAUUAUUUAUAUUAAGUGAGGUUAGAAAUUGUCGGCGACAAUUUGUCAACUGUACCCGUGAACGCACCUAAUAUCUCUUGGAGUUCCGAGAGCCGAACGGCUCAAAGCGAUGUAACUUUCAUUAAGUUAUAACGAAAGAAGUGCUUAUUUAAUAGUUUGAAAAAUUUAUUUAAACGAUCUGAGAAAAAAUCUUAUGUUUAACUCGGCAACAAAUCAGAUUUGGCUACCUAGGCACCCAAUAUAUUGUUGCCUAGUUAAAUAAAUUACCGUUUUGUCAUUUGGCAGCAAAUCGCUACAGUAUUAGGAUUUAAACGAAUAUUUUUAUCAGGAUUGAGGUUUUUAAAUUCAGCAUUGGAUUGCAACUUUUUCUCGUAAAAUAAUUUGAGUGAUGUCCAUGUAUUUUCAUUAUUUUUAGUUACAAUAUUCAAUCGGGAAAUUGUAACUCGAUGUGUUUAUUGAUAAGAUUCCCAUCCUUAUAGUCCUUGUGCCCGCCUUUAAAAAAAAUAUUACCUCCCUCAUAAGACCCUUUUUAUGCAGUUAUUCAUGUUGAGUCAGACAACUCUGCUAUAUCGGAAAUUUUUUCGGGAGGGGUCGUUUCGUAAAUAUAGAGGUUUUAUAGAAGUAAAAUCGAAUAGAAGUGGCCAAGUCGAAUAGGAAUAGGCAAAAUCGGUAUUCCAUAACUCCCUCGGAAUCUCUACAAUCGGAAUAGUGAAUAGAAAUGACUUCAACAUUUACCCUGUCGAACUUAGAUUUCGAUAAUCGGAAUUGUGCUAGACGCAAACGCAUUGUAUUUUGUUUUGACGUUUAUAUUUUAUAUCUACUAAAAAUAGUUUAUUACUACUUAUUUACAAUUAUUUACAGUCACAGUAUUUAUACCUUUUGUAUCUGCUUAAUUUUUUAGCCUGUGGUGUUAUUUACUUAGGAAAUUGUAUAUUUGAUUUAGUCAUGUUGUACGAGAAUCUAUGCAUUGAACCUAACCCCAUUUUCUCUGGCAGGGUAUCUGAAUAUGAAUGCUGAACGUUUGCCAGUUACAGUUUACAGUGUUGCCAUACUUUUUUGGUUUAUUUCUUGUACAAUUGCAAUCAAUGGCAUAAUCAUAAUGUACAAGAAUAUAUUGUACAAGACGGUUUAAAAUAUAAAGAUAGAUUUAUAGCGUUGAUUGACCGUUGAUUGAUUCGUUACACCAGUUUACAUGUACAUAUUUUUAUCAAUUAACGCUUAUAGAAAAGAAAAUAAUUAUAGAAAAGACGCCUUUUUUGGGAAAAGUAGUUUAUCAGUUAUUUUAGCUGGAAUCAAAUCUUAAUAUUGUAUAUUAUUAGUAAUAUUUUACAUCAUACAUCUUAUCAUCAUUUAUCUCUUUUAUCAGUUGAUCUACUUUUUUAUAACGAUUUUAAUUAACUUUGAUUUAAAACCAUUUAUUAUCUUGUGAGCUUUUUGCGUAGAAUAUUUACACUAAUAUUUUGUUGUUUACUUUUCAAAACUUUCCUUUUUUGUUAUUUGAAAACUAUUUUUUAAAUCAACUGUAUGUAAUGUGAUAGUAUGAAAAAUUGAAGAUAUGGCAACGGUGUCGUAUUUCAAAUUUAGAACCAGUAACAAGCAGGCCACAGAACACUAAUUUCGCUUGACAAUGCGGGGUUGUCACCCCCUCCUGACCACGUGAAAUAGAAAUUGCCGUUUUCGAUUUACCUUGAUUUCGAUGUGAGUUACAGAAUGCUAAUCCAAACACGAAAAUGACGCGGUAGAUAUCAAACAUUCCGAUUUCAGGUAAUUACGAUUCGACUUGGUCAUUUCUAUUCGAUUUGUUAAAAGUUACAGAAUAGGGCUGAAUAUUACCAGGUAAUUGUAAAUAUUUUUAUCCAACAAUCCUGUAAAAAUCAACUGUAAAGGUAUAAAUUCUAUGAAUCUUCGCGCAACCCCUCUCGAAAAUUUUUCGAAAUAGAAAAGUUGUCCGACUCGGCAUGAAUAACUGAAUAAAAAAAAAGUCUCAUGUGGGAGGUAAUAUAUUUUUUAAUUGUGGGCCCAAGGACUAUUAGAUUCAGUUCCAGCGUUAGGACUGGAUUAGAAGAUUGAUUAUUAUCGUUUUAUUUUAUCGUAUUUUUAGAAGUUGUAUUGUGCUAUAUCUUACAAUUUUUAGUCAAAAAAUCAUUACCAUUUCCUUCUUUAAAACCAAAUGUUAAAUCUCGGAGGAUAUGGAUAUGUUUCAUUUGACUUAUCUACAAUUAUUUUGACGCAUUUUGUAGGUACCACCGUAACUUUCAUUAAAAGUUUAAAGAAAUUAUUCCAUCAAACGUUCUUGGUUGUUAAUAUUAUGUACCGUAUUUUAUUUUUAUCGUAUUCCAUUAUUGCGUAAUUUUUCUAUUUGUUUUUUAUCACAUUGUCAUAAAGUAUCGAUCGUAUCUGUAUACCUAUUUUUCGUGAAAUUUUAUCUAUUUUGUAUAAUUAGUUAUCACCAGUAGUUUAUAUGUUUCAUUUUUGUAUAUACAAUGAAUAAUUCUGACGUAAAUAAACCAUAUAUUUAAUAAAG